AUUAGACGCAGUUGGGCCCAUAAUGUUUUUCAUUAUGGAGCCCACGGGCCUGAUUGGCGAGGAAGCGUUCUCUUCUCUAUCAUUCAGAGUUCAGACGAGACAAUGUGAGAUCUUCACUCUCCUUUUCUUCAUUACAUUUUAAAAUCGCGUCUUCUCCUCUGUACUCUGACAUGGCCGAAGAAGAAGAAGAAUCAGAGCUCAGCGAUAAGCAGAAAGUAGAAAUCGCCAAAUGGUUCCUCCUCAACUCUCCUCCCGGAGAAAUCCAAUACGUUGCCAAAGAUGUGAAAUCCAUUCUGAACAACGACGAUUUGUACAAUGAGGCCGCUUCCGAGGCUUUUCCCGUUUACAACAAAUUCCACUUGAUUUCCCUUCCAAUGUCCAACCGAAGCGGAGACGUACUGGUUAAUUCGUUUGGUGAGCUUGAGGGUAAUGCAUUUCUUGAACCUAGGACUGCGCAAGUAGCAAUUGUUGACCAUGUUAAACAAGCUUGUACAGAGGUGAGACCUGCCACAGACGAAGAACUUCCGUCUCCAUAUACUGAAGAAUUUCGAUGCAAUCUGGAUGCUGAAAUACUUAAAUAUGUUGAAGAAGCUUAUCCAAAAGGUGUCUGCUCUGUCUACUGCACAAGUGGGAAGGAUGUAGAGGGCCCAGGUUCUGAUUUUGAGCUUGCUGUGGUGAUUUCUGCUGCUAGGCAUAGCCCGCAGAAUUUCUGCAAUGGGAGUUGGUGUUCAAUAUGGAAUAUUGAGUUCAGAGAUGAUCAACAAACUGUGGAAGUAAAGGGUAAAUUGCAGGUGGGGGCCCAUUACUUUGAGGAAGGAAAUGUGCAGUUAGAUGCGAAACAUGAAUGCAAAGAUGCAACUCUUUUUCAGGCCCCCGAAGAUUGUGCAGUUGCCAUAACAAGCAUUAUUCGCCACCAUGAAACAGAGUACCUUGCUUCUCUUGAGGCAUCAUAUCUAAAACUUCCUGAUUCUACUUUCAAGGAUCUUCGGAGAAAGCUUCCUGUCACCCGCACCUUAUUUCCAUGGCACAAUACGUUGCAAUUCAGCUUGACAAGAGACAUCUCAAAAGAACUUGGCAUUGGAAAGUAAAUACACACAUUCACAUAGAACAAAUAAAAGUUUGUGUUUACUCGAGCUGGGUGGCGACAAGUUCUCAUAUAUGUUAUUUGAUCAAGUCAAUCAUUCUUAGGGUUGACGUUCUUUAUAUUCACUGAUUUGCUUCAUGAAGCAACCUCCUUUGUCUGAGUAUCCUCCGCUGAUGUACUUUAGUGUACUGUAAUUCUUUUUUGACAUUAUUUGUAUAGCAGAAAAGAGUUCCUGUUGUUUCUAGCCAUUAUACCUUCGAAGUUUCGUGACUGCAAUUAGAAAUAUUGCCAGAAGCUGGUUUCUUACUCGCAUUAUGAUUGUGCGUGUUGUUAUUAUUAUUUAGAGAUAGUCUUGUCUA